AUGUCCCGUCAUCCAAAGUCGUCGACAUGGAAAUCCUUCACACCAAACUUGGCUAGUCGGAACAACGACACCUUCAGUGAAGUAAUCACGGAACGACGAUAUGCAUCUGUCCUUCUCCCAGCAAAUAUCUAUCAGCUCGUGAAGCAGCACAUGGAUGUAAUCGCGGAGAAUCUCUUGUCUAGAGUUACCGAAGAACUUCGAGAAAACCCAGGGCCUAAGAAGCGUAACACUCCCAAUCCUGAAACGAAGUGGUUCUGGAACUACCACCAGAGGAUAAAGCCCCAGAAUCCCCAGCAAAUCGGAUUAGGACAAGAACGAGGAAUCGGACAUCGACAAUCUUCAAGAUUCGCCACGACGGAUUCACCCUUUGAACAAUCUUCGGAUUUGCCACGAAGGGUGCCCCGUCGAACAAUUCGCCGAUCCGACACGAAGAAUUCGAGCAACAGGUCAAAGACGGACAACAAACUUGCCCCAGAUCAAGGAGAAGGAGGAAUGCCUUCAACAGGAGCUCAAGUCGAGGAAAACAGCGAAGAGCUGAAUCUUCUCGUCAAGCAGCUCGUGCCAGCAGUUCAAAGAGAUCAGGACAGCUUGCUCCCAAGAGGAGCCAGUAACAACAUGUCGCAGCUCCAGGACAAGGAUAUCAGCACAGCUCCAAACGAACAUCAGGAGAGCAAAAAGAUGUCAACAUCCCCAGCUGGACAAGUCAACGAAGCUGGUCAGACCAAACCGAACUCAACGACAAACGGUACAUCGUCAGAAUCAGAAGAUGAUUCCGGCGAUACCAACAACCAGUCAGAGGUCGAAACAACGCGAUGGCUUGAAACUAUCACACAGCUGAUCUUGCCUUUCGAUGGAAAGAUGAUCAACUACGGAAUAUUCAUUUCUCAGUUCGAUCUUUUUAUCGACAAAGUCAACGAAAUCAAAAGAACUUUGCUCAGCAGAGUUUUCGGAGCAAGAAUACAUCUCGCCUCGGAGACGUUGGAUCAGCAGUACAAUCCCCAAGCUCAACGAGUUGCUCUGAUGGAGGAGACGAAGAACUUGGAGUUCCCCAGCAACGACUACAAGUUGUUGACAAGCUCAGCUAACAUGUUCGCAAGAUACAUGGAGCAGCUAAAGACACUUGGAUGCGACCUCGACGAUGAAUUCAUCAAGCAUGUAUUCGUUUGCAAGCUGAAAGGAGACCUUCAACUAGAAGUAGCCAAGAUCAUCUGGAAAAAGAAGAAUCUGUCAUUCGAGGAGUUGAUGGAAGUCACUCACGAAAGGAUUCAAUUCUUCCAGUACGUUGAAAGCCUACAACAAGCUCCAAACCGGUCACAACAAGAAGUCGAGCAACAACUCUGCACUCGGUGCGAACGAAGAGUUCAAACCGAUAAGGAGCAAGAUGACGUCAACGAGAAGACUCUCACCAACAAGCUCAUCAAGGAGUUCCAGAAGUCUCUCACCCCAGACGGUGAGGGAAGAAUCCACAUUGGCCCAUCAUACACUGGUCGACAAGGAGAACUGGUAGACAGCUCUGUCGUCGCGAAACAGAGACUGUCGUCGCUUCUAGGAAGGCACCUUCAGGAGAAGGAAGCUAGAGAAGCUUACCAAAGUAUCAUCGCCCACCAAAUGGAUUUUGGAGUCACCGAAGAGGUGAAGCUAAAGACUUCAACACUUGGACCAGGGGAUGAUUCCCUCAACAAGAACACCAGUUGUUUCGAGUCGAAGGAGCUGAAACCUCCGACCAUUAGCUCAUCAACAUACUCUUCCAACUCAACUCUCCAAUUCCCAGCAAACACCCCAUCUUGGCCAACAUCAGCUUCAAGCAAUCAAGAUAGAAGGCAAAAAGUGCUUGACGUGAACAAAGAUCAAGAAGCAACCACCAAUGGGUCAACAACAACAACCGGAACAGGAGAUGAGUCCACGAACGAAGAGUUCGUGAGACAGGCUCGACACAAGUCGACAGAAGUCGUCAAUCAGCCAUCUAGACUUACAGCCAUCAACAUCGUCUGCGUCUUAGGACCAUGGUCAGCAACCGGCAACACGAUUGGACAAUCUGCCCAUCCACAGCUUGCCCAAGCAAACUUCCCCAGCUUCAGGACACAAUGCCCAUCUUGGACAACCUGA